CCUUUGGCAGCGCGGCUUGUGGCUGGGAGAGUUGGAGGGUUCCAGGCUUUAGCGCAGGGACCAGCGUGGCCUCGGGAAUGUGCACAUGAUGGUGGACAACAAAGACCUGGACGCGGAAAUCCACCCCUUGAAGAGCGAAGACGGGAGACCGGCCGAGAGCGGGCGAAGCCCCUCUGAGAAGGAGGAGCCCGGCCGGAGCAGCCCCGCACGGCGGCACUCCCGGCUGUCGCGGUGCCGGGCGGUGGCCUUCUUCCUUUCCCUCUUCCUCUGCCUGCUCGUAGCCUUCAUCGUGUCCUUCAUCAUCCCCUGUCCCGAGCGGCCCGAGUCUCAGCGGGAGUGGAGGAUCGAUUACAACAGAGCAGUCUUUGAGGCUCCCCAUGAGGCUGUGCCCAGGGGCCACGAGCUGGGUGGCACCACUCAGGGGCAGUAUCUCUGUGUAGGGGACACCCUGUGGAGCCGUGCAGACAGCCUCGGCGCAAACACGUCCACCCUAAGUGACAUGCUCUGGGCACCUGAUGUGGACAGCGACGGGCUCUCAGACCUGCUAGUCCUCACCAGGGAGGAGGAGGAGGCCAGUGUCCACUUCUACUCGGGCAGCAGCGGGAGCCCGGUGGGCGGCAGAGGCCGCCUUGGCGCAGACUGUGAGGGCAGCGCGCUCCUGCACAUCACUGGCACUGGCGCCCACUACCUGCUCUUCCCCUGCGCCGGGUCCCUCUGCUGCCGCUCUGUGAAGAGUCUGCUGGAGGAGGUGACAGGGGCAGCAAGCCUCCUCCAGACAGACGUGCUGUGGGAGCGUGCCAUCAACGCCUCCACCUACAGGGUAUCCUUAGCGAGCCCCGGAGCCAUCCUGUAUCAGCUGGCCAUCCCUGGCCUGGGGGCUGCUUCAGACUUGCUUCUCGUUGGCUCGGAGGCCUGUGUGCUGCUGAACGGACAGGACCUGACGCCCAGAUGGACCCUCGCUGAUGUCCAGGUCUCCAGGAAACCUGUCCUUGGUCACUACAAGCCAGACACCGUGGCAGUGAUGAUUGAGAAUGGAACCAGCACCGACCGACAGAUCCUGCUCCUGGACCUCAGCACAGGUGCCAUCCUGUGGCAUCAGCCAGUCCCCGGCCUCCUCAGGAGCCCCCCAUCUGCCAGCCUGCUGACAGCAGACCACCGCUCAGCCUUCUUCUUCUGGGGCUUCCCCGAGGGGGAGAGCACAAACCAGACGGAGACGAGGGACACCCCCCACAGCCUCUACAUGGUCCACCCCACUCUGCCCAGCGUCCGCCUGGAGCUGACCAACAUCUCCGGCAACAUUGUGGCCUUCACAGCGGUCCUGCUGGAGCCGAGCCGCCACGCUGCUUACGUCCUGCUGACGGGUCCUGAGAGCCCAGCUGCCCCAGGCCUGGUCUCCCUGGCCAAGCACAAAGUGAGAGACAGCAUUGCCAGCAGCAGGGUCAUGCGCCUGGGUCAUGACCAGGCCAAAAGCGACCAAGCCAUCAGAGACCGCUUCUCCCGGCUGCGCUACCGGAGCAAGGCCUGACGCCAGAAUUAAAUCUCCAGAAAGCUGUCUGCCUGGUCUCCAGACCGCCCUGGUUCUUGGCAGUGCUGCCACAGGGUCACUGCCUCGUGCCCCCACCACCCUGGGGGCCAUGCCCACCGGCAUGGAUGGGGGGCAUUGGGGCCAGCUGCCCUCUUCCCUCUCCUUGACCAUCACCAUUAGACUCACUCCGUGCCCUCACCACUUCUCUCCAGGCCAAAGCCAUUCUCGUGCGGUCCCAGGCAUCCCCACAGGUCCCGUCCCUUCAGAGCACCGUCCCUGUGCCAGGGCGCCUCCUACGUGGCUGAGUGUUGCACUGAUGGCCCUGACCCGGCCUGUGAGGAGGGCCGUGUGCUGGUGGUUUAUACUGUGACCUGCUCCUCCCCAGUGCAGCCAUGGCAGCUGGCUGCCUAUCCCAGCAUCACUCUGUGCCUUGCGUCCGGGCUGAGGGCGCUCACCAGAGACCAGUGAAUAAACCGUGCACUGUCCUAUCCGGAA